UGGAUUUCUCGGUCACGUGACUCGGUAUCUACAACCUGCCUCCUCACAGCCGGCCGCCUGCUCUCACCAUUGAAUAAAAAAAAAAGGAUGGCAGAGGUUCCCAUGUCAUGUGAUUGUUUUGUUUCUUUGCCCCCUGGAUCUCGCGAUGACCAUGUGAUUUUUGGGAAGAACUCAGACCGUCCCCGGGAUGAGGUGCAGGAGGUGGCCCACUACCCUGCAGCAUGUCACCCUCCAGGCUCCAGUCUGGAGUGCACAUACAUCCAGAUCCCUCAGGUGGAGCAGACCCAUGCUGUCGUUCUCAGCAAACCUGCCUGGAUGUGGGGCGCUGAAAUGGGAGCCAAUGACCAGGGAGUCUGCAUUGGGAAUGAGGCUGUCUGGACCCGAGAGUCCGUCAGCCCCGGGGAGGCUCUGCUGGGCAUGGACCUUGUCAGACUGGGGUUGGAGCGUGGUGACAGUGCCUGGGCCGCGCUGACAGUGAUCACCAGCCUCCUGGAGCAGCAUGGCCAGGGGGGGCAGUGCAAGGAGGACCCUGAGCCCUUCAGCUACCACAACACCUUCCUCCUGGUGGACCGCAACGAGGCCUGGGUCCUGGAAACUGCUGGAAGGCUGUGGGUGGCGCAGAAGGUCACAGAGGGUGUGAAGAACAUCUCUAACCAGCUGACCAUCGGGGCUGAGGUCUCCGCAGAGCACCCAGAGCUGCGGCGCGUGGCCCAGGAUGAGGGCUGGUGGGACGGUGAGGGAGAAUUCAACUUCGCUCAGGUGUUCAGCCCCGAGAACCCGCCCGCCAGGAUGGAGCUUGCAAAACAGCGCUAUAAGGGAGGCACAGAGCUACUCCAGCAACAUGACGGCUCGGUGACGGCAGCUGUGAUGAUGUCCAUUCUGAGGGACAAGCCCAGCGGUAUCUGCAUGGAUUCUGAAGGUUACUGCACCACAGGCAGCAUGGUAUCUGUUCUGCCCAGAGACACCAGCCUGCCCUGCAUCCACUUCUUCACUGCCACCCCAGACCCCUCCAGGUCUAUAUUCAAGCCUUUUAUCUUCUCGGACUGUUCUCCCCCCGUGCUGAGGGUGGUCUCCCCACAGUUUGGCCCAAACGACCCUGUCAGGAAGCAGCCUCGCUUUCAGAGCCAGGUGGACCGGAGACACGACCUGUACAAGGCUCACCAGGUGGCGCUCAGCACCAUGCAGACCAACCCGGACGAGGGUUCAGCUGUCUAUGAGAUUCUGAGGGAACUGGAGUCGCAGUGUCUGAGCGAGAUUUCAGCCGUACUGAGUGGAGAGAUAUCGGGAGAAGAACUGGGGGACUUGUUUUUUGAUUCCGUGGAUACAGAAAUAAAGUUCUACCAGUGAGGAGCACCCUCAAGUGGACAUCCCUAACGCUAGCAGAGUUGCAGGAGAAGGCCCCCCUGGUCUGUUAAAAACCAUGUGUUCAUCAUCUGAUUGGGCUCUGCCUCACUUACACAACACACCUCCAUCAUUAACACAGACUAAAUGUCUAAACUGCACUGAUUGGAGCAAAAGUAUCAUCUGUAUCACCAAGGGAGCAAUGAGUGCACCUCAUUAGUGAGUAAAAAUGAAGUAGACUACACAAACGCCUGUGUAGAGCUGUAUAAAGUUCCACAAAUACUAUGAGUGUGGCUUUUGUUUAACAUUUUGUUUAUUGUUGCAAAUGAAUGGGUUGCCAUUCGAUGGCUACCUGUAGGGAAAGAUCUAAUAAAGAAUGUGCAUAGUC